AUGCUCGACUACAUCACGCGAGUAAAAGAUCUUCGUACCGCGAUCUUAGAUGAGGAACGCCGAGCGGAGGGAUCGACAAAACAGGAAACGGUAAAAAACGUGAAUAAUCUAACAGCGCGAUCAUUCUGCGAGGGCCUACCCCUCACCUAUCGACUUCAGCUCUCAUUGGAACACUAUACCGACCCGUUCGCUGCUUUUUCGCACGCUAAGAGCCUAGCUAAAAGACAAGAACUCGACAACGAACGAUACGACAGCACACGACGCUCCGAGAGACAUUAUGAACGACCCGUCUACAGCACCGGGAGACCCUUAGCACACUCAACUCCGAUCAAAAGCGAUACGCCCCCGGGACGGUUUAACAAUAGGUAUCCCAAUGAUAGGGACUCACCAUACCGUUUCUCAAACCCAGUCGGCAACAGGCAAGGGAACAACUAUAGACCACAGGGAUUAAACCCCCCUCAAAAUGAUAGUUCCCGUGAAAUAGGAAAUCCAGGAAGGACUAAAUUCUGUAGAUACUGUAAAAAGGACGGACACGAGAUAGAUGAGUGCAGGAAGCGCCAAUACAACAACUCUCGGCAGCAAUUGGGAAACGGGACCGCGCCCCUCGGGAAUCUGGAACAACCCCCGAGCGGGAGCCUCACGAGAAGCGUCCCGACAAGUGAGAGCGAUAGCCACGACCAGCGCAGAAACCGAACCUUCCGAAUCGCGGUCCUAAGCCCGAACGACUUUCGGCAUGCACCCACAAUAACAUUAUCCGCUGAAGGCUUAUCAAAAGAUUCUAAAUUCAUGGUGGACACGGGUGCCGCACCAAAUCUCAUCAAGCCAAGUUCCAUCAACAUCAAUUAUCUUGGGCACAGAAUAAACUUGCAUAUGGUAACAGACGACUUCCCUAUAUCACAAAAUGGAAUAUUGGGCUCCGACUUCCUGCAAGACGCAUCAAGAAUAGACUUUUCGGAAAACUUAGUCAUGUGGCAAGGCCACCCGAUUUAUUUCAAUGAUCGAGAAACAGCCGUUGUACCCGCGAGAUCGAAGACAGUUCUCGCACUCCGCGUAAUGAAUAGAGAUGUCAAAACCGGGUACAUGCCACGUAUUCAAGUGCACGACGACUUAUUAAGAUAUUGCAGAGUGUUAUUUCUAGUCAUUACUAUAGUCCACCUCCAAAAUCAGAUGACGCUCCUUUAUCACAAUGUGAUGCAGCAAAAGUGCACACUGGAAAGACAAGUCUUGACUAACACCCUGUCUUUUGCUACUCUGCAACCUGACGAGUUCGCAUACAGGCUCAUGAAUGGACCCGGACAUAUGGCCGUCACCGCCGGAGAAGCCGUUCACGUCAUCAAAUAUAUACCAGUCGAGGUAACCGUCCGAAAGACCGACGAGUGCUACAACGAAUUGCCAAUCACCUUACGGAACGCAUCCUUGUUCCUAACCCCGAAAUCCCGCAUUGUCACCCGCACUGGAAACGAGCGAGAAUGCUCCACCGACUUACCUACUUUAUACCAUAUUGAAAACACCUGGAUCCAAUUCACCCCAAAACCACAAGUCCUACAACUACCCCCACAGCAGAUGAAGCCAUUGACCAAGCUAUCAUGGAACCAAACCUGGCCCCCUGGCCAUAUCAGGAGAGAUACAAAAUUAACAAGUUUCUGUUUUAGUCGCAUCGAAGCAACUUUAAAAGAUAUUCAGCAGAAAAACCAUCCUGCACGAGUAAGAAAACCACCGGGAUGCUUUCCUUUUACUGUGCUCGAGGAGAUUUUCGCUUUUAAUGAUGUCGAUCAACAGACCUACGACAAUGUGGUCAGUCACUUUGUUUAUUUAGGUGGUUUGAAUCCAACCGAUUCCGCAGGACAUUAUUUUAAAUGUGCCUUUGGAAACAACGAAGAUGUAUCUUCACACAUUACUUGGCUGGGCACAAAAUUUCAACGUGCUCUGAAAGGAACCCGCUUUGCUGAAGCAUGUGAAGAUGCAAUGGCACAAAAUCAAAAUUAUCGGAGACCGGACAACAAAGAGUUUGGAGAUGCAAUGAGUCGAGCUCUUAAAAGUACGAAGGAGCGGUGGAGAAAACAUUCCAUUGCAAACGAUAUUAACCGACGACGUCAAAGAGAUCAUACUGACGCUGACGAAGAUGUCCAACCAGCUCGAAGGCCUCGAGUGGAAAAUGCUGGACCUAGCAGAGACUACAAUGAACCUCCACCGGUUGGUUUGAAAGCACUGAUUUUGAAAAUGCUAUCGAUGCUAAGGACUACUCAGAGGUUGAUGAGCAGCCAUACGAGGAACUAUCUCAGGAGGAUCCGAACUAUGAAGAUGUAGAAUAUAUCGAAGAGCCAUUAAGUGAGGAUUAUCAAGGCACCGUUGGACAGGACGAUUACAAUCUGACCGUCAGUGAGAGAAUAUAUGAAAUCGACAGAAAGAAGGUAUUGUAUCAUGUCUUAACAUACCUUCUCCUUCCUUUAUGAUAAAUCAACAUUUAAAAAAAUUUUUUUUGCAAACAAUUAUACAU